AUGGCACCUGAAUUUCAAGCAGAGACACUAGCUGAAAAAUAUAGAAGUUUCAAUAAGGCUGUUGACGAUGCAACUUCUGAUCCAAAGUUUGACAUCAAAUGUUUAAAUUAUGAUGAAACAGAUAUGGUUAAUUUAAUUAGAAUAGAAGUAGCUAGUCGAAGAAAAAAUUAUGAUUUUAUAUUGGAUGUGUUUAAAUGUCAGGAUAUGCUUUACGCCUUUCGGGCAAUCAAGUUGUCCAAUUGGCUGAUAAUUAAUGAUGAAUAUAAACAUAUCAUUAAUCCAGUUUAUAUUCAUAAAAAUCUUCUUCCACAUAUGACAUUGAAAGCAUUUAAUAAGCUUAUGCUUAAAAUACGCCUCACAUUGCGUGAUGCUGAUAGAGUAGAUGAAUUUUUUUAUUACCUUAAAGACAAAGAUUUAAAAAGUGCUUUGAAAUGGCUUCCAUACUGUACAGUUGAUUUAUCUGAAGAAAUUAUACAAAACUUUCAUGAAAAGAUAACACUUUCUACUUUAGAGAAAUUCAGGAAUGAAUCCAACUGUGUGUAUAUUUAUUGUAAAAGGAAUAAAUAUGAUUAUAACAAUAUAUUUAAGGCACUAAGUAUUUUAAAAGUAAACAAUGUUGAAAAGUAUUUAAAUUUUCUAUUUGAUUUAAUUGAUGCAAGUUAUUCAGUUGACAAACUAUCUGCUAAAUCCACUAAGAAACUUAUAAAAAGAUGUCCACAUAAGACACUGAAUGAUUUUAUAUGUUUUAUAAAUAUUAUUCACAUUCCAACUUUGGUAAAAUCCUUCAGCGGUGAAGAAAUCAAAGAGUUCCUUAUAAAACAUAGCCAAAGUAAAAGACAUGAAUCAUUAUACAAAUAUGAUAAACUUAAAUACUUUGUUGCACGUUUGCCACUUGAAGAUAAGCUUGAUUUAAUAAAAAAUGUGUUCAUUGGCAAAGUCAAGCCAGUAUAUUCAAAUGAAAGUGAUUUACGAAAUUGUACAAUGAUCCGUUGCUUAACCAACAUGAACAAUGCCUACCUCUGGUGUGAAUUUUUAUCAUUUGAUGAUGCAUUCCAAGAGUUAAAGCGAUUUAUAGAUGUAGAGUCUAAUCCUGCUAAAAAAAGUUUUAUGCUUUGUACACUAUUAAGCAGUACUCAUAAAAAUUAUGCCCACAUUAAAGUUGUUCUACAGUAUUAUGUUGACAGCCACCUUCAUGAAGGGUUCAGAUUCAAAACACAAUUUCUGCAACAUGUCUUACAUGAAAUUAAUAUUCUUAAAUUGGAAGAAGAUUCAUGGAACUUACUGAGCAUUUUAUUUUAUAGUGUAGGAGUUUACAGUAAAAUGGAUAAUUCUUUUCCAAAAUAUAAACCAAAUCCUUUUAUAAUUAUUGGCAGGCAUCGUCGAAGUUAUGGUAUAAGAAAACUACAAAGUGAUGAUAUAUUUGUUAAUUGUAUAAUACUAUACAAUAUCAUUCAUAACAAUGACAUCCCUGAGAUAUUAUUAACAAAAUUUAAGCAUGCAACAUUCAAGGAAUUUAAUAACAGGAUCACUGAUGAAGAUAAAGUUAAAUUAUUUGAAUUUCUUUUUAAAAUCCUUAAUAGCAAGCUUGAAAAGCAAGACAUGAAGGACAUUAAUAAUUUCGAGACUAUAAUGCUAACUAUUAAAAAUAUAUUGCAACUGUUUAAAGAUUGGAAUAAAAAUAUUAAUGACUAUCCAAAAAUUUUAACAAAAAUUCAAGAAUUUAGAAUAUUCUUUCUACAUGAAAAAUAUGAUUGCAGUGAAUUAGAUAAUUUGAUUAAGUCUAUGAAAUUGAAAUUAGAAACAGAAAAAUCAGCUAUCCAACCAGAAGAUUUGUGUAUGAAUGUUUUGAAAAUGAAUAAUCAAGAUUUAUUUCAACUUAUUACAAAGAUAUAUAGUUCAUUUAGAUAUAAUAGUAAACCUAUGCGUCGAUUGUUUUGCAAACUGCGCUGUUACUGGAAUGAUUCAAUCGCAACAGAAUUUAAAAGAAUAAGUCUAAAUACUGAUAAACCAAACUGUGAUAUACCUUGGGGUCUUUUAACUGAAAAAGAAUUUCUGGAAUUGUUACAUAAAUAUUUUUAUACUCAAGAAAUUGAUACAGCUUCUAAAGAAAAAAAUGAGAUUGCAAAACAUUUGCACUUAUUUCGACCUUGUGUGUCUUUGGAAACAGCAUUAAAUUUGUCUAAAGAUAACGAAGUUCAAAAUUUUGCUUCAUCAAUUCAUUCUUUGAUGUACAAUAUGGAUCCCUUUAAAGUCUGUGAUAUAUUUAUAAAAUUACAAUAUUUAUUUUCUUCUUGCAAAAAAACAUCCUUACAAAAACAUUGUCUUAAAGUCGCUCUGAAAAGGUUAAAUUAUGAAGAAAAAACUAAUGCUUUAAAAGAAAUGUGGAAAAUUACUGAUAAUAAAUUAUCACGUUUUCUAGUUUUUCAAGAAACUUUAGCGUUAUUAUGUGAAGCAACUGAUAGGCAAAUAAUCUUCCACAACUGGAGUGUAUUAAGUGAUUUUAUUGAUAAUUUAACAGAUUGUGAAGAUUCAAGAUUUAUUAAACUUUUAUCCUAUCCAAAAGAUAUUCCUAAUGUAAUAUUGCCAGAAUAUUGCGAAACAGUUCAAAGGUUUUUCAAAACAUUGACAGACAUCACUCAUUUCCAAGAAUUUACAAAGAAAUUUAUGUUAGAUCCAGAGGAGAAAGUUAAAGAAUUACAUAAAACAUUAACCAAGAAACACUGUGCUUUUUAUUGGUUGGAAGAGUACAUUUUAGACACUAGCUCUGAAAAAGUACAAAUGGAGAGAUAUGAAAAAUUGUUAGUUCCAUUACUAAGCGAUGAAAAAAUUAUUUUAACCGAAAAGCAACCAUUUAUUGAAAUACUUCGUAGUCUCUAUCGUGCUUUGGAUCGUAAAAUUUUGCAUGAAAAAGUUGUCGUUCCAUUAGCAAUGUUUACGGAUAUUCAGCAAAGAUUAGAAGAAAGGUUACCGUUUUAUGAAAAUUACGUUUUCAUAACCUCUGGUCGUUUGUUUUUGGGUUAUCUGCGCCUUUUAGACAAAAAUUCAAAGCAAUUGACAGAUCCAGACGAAAUAACACAUAAAACUCAGAUAGAUUUUGGGGUAUUUUGCGCAGAUUAUUUAGAUGAAGAGAUCGAAAAGCACUUUCCGACAAUUUACAUGUCUUUUUCUGAUGCUCUGACUUUCCUGUUUCACGCGACCGACAACCAAAAGGAAAUGCAUUUUAUUGAUGCAAUGUUAAGUCGGAACCCACGAGCUGAAUGCUUUUUGACAAUCAUUCACGAUUUACCAAGGAAAACAUAUAGAACACCAGAAGACAUUUUGUUUUGUGGAAUUUUGGAGAAAAUGAGAACUCAUCCGUCUGAGGAAAUAAGAAUGCUGUAUUCAAAUUAUUUUAUUAAAACUGACAGUUUGUAA